UUGACAUUUAGCUUGGAAAAUGUAAACAAACGUUUGAUUUGUUGAAUUAUUUUAUUUUUUGCGAAUUUUCUUUAAAAUAAUCAUGUUUUCUGAGCAAAAUCUACACAAAUUCGGCACAUCGUUGCCCUUAUUGGAAUUGGACCAAGUUCCCUCCAAGAAGCCUUUGUAUGUUCAAGAUCAAAUUGCUACCGAUGAGCAGGGGCGUCGACGCUUUCAUGGUGCCUUUACGGGAGGUUUUAGUGCCGGCUAUUGGAAUACUGUGGGUUCCAAGGAGGGCUGGACUCCACAGGCUUUUAAAAGUUCUCGAUCAGAAAAAGCCACCGAAAAACUGUCGCAAAGGCCGGAAGAUUUUAUGGAUGAGGAGGAUCGUGGUGAAUUUGGCAUAGCCCCUAAAACCAUAAAAAUCAAUGAAGAUUUUAGCAGUGGCCCUGAGCAGGCGGAAAAAAGAAAACGCAAGUUUUUACAAAAUGAUUUGCAGCCCAUACCCGGAGAACCGGUAUUGCAGCAGCUGAUUAAGCCCAUUAAAGAUAAGGCUGCAGUGCGUAUUUUGAAAACCUGGGGUUGGCGUCCUGGCCAGGGUAUAGGACCCAGGCAAACUAGGAAGGAAAAGAAAAAAGCUAGAGAAAGAAAUAAAAAAGAAUUGUAUUUAAUGGAGAAGUAUGGCUGUGAAAUGCCCAGCACUAGUAGCAAAGCAGCCUUAAACACAGAUGAGGAGGAUGAAGAGGAAGACGAUGAAACGGAAGAAGAAGAGGAUGAGAUAACUUUUGCUCCCGAGGACUGUGAAUUGCCGCCUUGUUAUGACAAACAAAAUAGCUAUGGCAUAGGUUAUGAACCCUUAAGCAGAAAAACGGUUUUGGGUGGUAAUUUAAUGGUUAAACCUACAGAGCACAUUAACUUAUUUCAAGCUUUGGAAGCAGUGGGUAAGAAUAAUCAAAAAAUUUCUUUCACGGGCCAGGCAUUUGGUGUGGGAGCUUUAGAGGAAGAUGAUGAUGAAGAUGUUUAUGCCUUGGAUGAUAUGACACGUUAUGAUUACACUUUGGAGGAUAAAAAAACCAAGAAAAUUAAGAAAAAAGUCUCUGAACAAGACGAUUUGGUGUUUGGUGAAUUCAUAUUGGAUUUAAAUGCCAGCAAAUUGCCGGCUUAUAAAGUGGAAAUACCAUUUGGUUGGCAUCCACGUAAUUGGUAUGAAAAACGUUCAAGAUUUGAGCCUUUAGAUCCAAGAAAACAAAGACAUUUGGAUAAAGUAUUUUCCAAUACAUCAGCAGAACAAGAAAUGACUAGAGAAAAAAGGGCAGAACUUUUGGGGGAGGAAUUGAGGAAGACACAACAAAGCCUAGCUAAACCAGAACCACCUAAGGAAUUAAAAUCAAAAUCAGUGGAAGAAUUACAGCAAGAAUAUAAAGACAGGAAAGAAAAAACUAAAACAUUAAUAGAAAAAAUUACAGCCAAAUCAUCAAGUUUUACCAAAGGUGGUAUAAUAUCAAUAGAGGGUGAGGAGAAGGCCUUUACCGAGGAGGAUAUAACUACAGCUUUUAAGCCGUUUGCUGCCAAUGAACCCAAACAAAAGCGCUAUGAACAGUUUUUGGCCAAAGAAUUUAAGAAUGAGCAAGAAAUACAGGACUUUUUAAAGACCAUACAGCCGGUGGAGUUGUCUUUGUGGGACAGGCAAAUGGAGCUUAAGGAAUUUCAACAAGCUAAAAAGUUAUAUCGCCCUCUAAAGGGCAUAAUGUCGGACAGAUUUAUAACAGAAUCCGAAAUCAAGUUUGUCGAAAAGGAAACCAAGAAAGUUGAAAACAAACAAAUUGUGGUGGAACGUUCAAAACAAAUGUGGAAACCUCAUAGUUUGCUGUGCAAACGUUUUAAUAUAGCUGAACCUUUUAAGGGCCUGUUGGAGGAUGAUAAAAAGUCUAAAACCAAACACAAAAAGCUGUCGGUAUUUGAUUAUCUAGAGACCUCGGUUAAUAAGAAAGAAGAUUUCCAAACCCCGGUUAUAAUACCCAAACAUAUAGAAAAACCUCAAGAAAUGGUUAAGCAAACUAAUGAAGGCAAUACCGAAACCAUUGUAGAGAUUCAACAGGAAGCAACUCCCUUAGAAUGGCAGGAAGUUUUAAAUCCCCCCGAAAAAUCUUUAAAAGAAAAACAAACUUUUACUUUCAAACCUAAAACGGAUUUAGAAAAGCAAGUUUUGGAAAGUAUAAACAAGCCAGUGGCUGAGAAAAAGGAAUUAUUCAAAUCAAUAUUCUCGGAUAGUGAAAGUGAGGAGGAUGAGCAGGAGGAAGAAGACAAACAAAAUAAAGCUAUUGAAGAAUUAAAAGCAGCUAUUAGUAAACCUUUAAAUGCAGCAGCGGCUAAUUUGUUAAGAAAUAAUUCUCCUCCCAGAGGUAUAUUUAAGGCCUUAUUCAGCACCACUACAGCUAGCCAGCAGGAAACUGAAAAGGAGCCAGAAAAGGAAACUACUAACUCUCCAGCUAAAAAUAAUCCCAAUUUAUCCCCAGAGAAUUUAAAAGUUUUAUUCAAACCAAAGUCUGCACGAGAACCUAAAGAACAACAAAACGAUUUGCAAUCUUCUACUGAUAUCUAUGGUCCAGCAUUACCCUGCAAAACUCUAACAUCCAGCCAGACCUUAGAAGCAUCUACACUAAAAUCCUCUAUAGAUGAAAAACUUUUACAAUUAUUCAACAAACACAAACCCAAACUUCAAGUCACAGAGAAAUGGAUAGAAAAGGAUUCAAAGAAUGAUACUGAGGAUGAAUCUGAAGAUUCAGAUUCAUCUAGCUCUUCUGAAGACACCGUUCAACAUAAAAAGAAAACCAAGAAAUCAAAAAAGAAAAAAUCUUCAGAUCAUAAACAUAAAAAGCACAAGGAUAAUAAGUCGAGUAAAAAGUCUAGAAAGUUGGAUAAAAAGAAAAAGAAACAUAAAAAGAAAUAAAGCAAGAUGUUGCAAAGUAAGUUUUUAAAGUAUAAA